AAUAGCUGACAUGUUUACGCGUCUGCCAGAAAAACUGGGUUAUACCUCUUCUUCGGAUUACAUCUGGAGGAACUCCUUGUGCUAUCCUUCCAGCGACCUGUAGUCUGAUUGUGAAGUGAGACGAGGCAACGUUAUAUUUGAUCAUUACACCUGGAGGCUUUCAGGAUGGUCGUUACCUGUCUAUCCCAGUUUAUUGAAGUCAAUUAGCAAGCUUUGUUUUGUGGGAGGAUUCAGUUGACAGCUCGCUAUUAAACUUUCUAAAAGGAUUAUGGAUGAAUUGUGUGGCUGUUCACUGUGACAAGUACUAAUUGAAUACGUUCAUUUAGCUGGGAUUACCUGAUAUAUGUCAAGUACUUUCACAGGGUACUGGGUGUCUUUACCUGAGCUGUAUGUACAUGUAUUGUUGGACUAUUAACAGGACAUAUAUAUGUGUGAUGGAGAUUUCUUGCAAUUAUGGUACAUUGGCGGGUAAAUCCAUGUGCAUAUGUAUGCAUUGACGUACUGAAACCUAUCUUUGCACCUUUAUUACCUGCACAUGUACACAGGAACAGGAGUUGGCCGUAAUUAAGGUUAUUUGACGUACACAUUUCUUCCUGGUAAACUUUUGAUGUCGACCAAAAUCAAAUACAUUCAUUUUAGUUUCAGUCGACAACUCUGUUUAAUUGCCACUAUUAUGAAAUAAUUGUUUUGACCCUGUACAUGUGCUUUUGAAGCGCCAACUGGAUGGAUUUCUACAUGCACGCUUUCAUUAUGUGGCCGUGGUGAAAAUAGUACCUGUGUAUAAGCUCAUCUGGUAUUUACAAUGGAUACAAACCGCUGGAGCUCACCUGUAACAAGCCGACCUCCUACCCCUCGGCAUCGGUUCUUUACCCUCAGACCAGGUGAUCUAAGCAGAGAUAAAUCCAGCUCAAAGGUGUUAAAGAAGGCCAGGUCGUUCCGUGAUGAUUUUAAGGUGCUUAUCAAGCGACGGCCCUCCAGUAACCAGGCACUGUCCCCUGUCAAGACGCACCGAAAUAAUGGCAAGGGAGGUAAAUCCGGGCUGAUGCGCCACAACAGCAUGAAUGAAGGCACCAAAGUGGAAAAGCUGGUUGAAAAAGAUGACGACAUCGACAAACUCAAAGAUGAGGUUGCUAAUGUUCACCGCUCCCUGGGUUACAUAAAAGAGGUGGUGGACAAGGAGAAGUUACAGAUUCUCCCCGGUUCAGCCACCAUCGUCCUCGACACCGUCAUGGAAGUCUUCACCCUGCUAAGUAACUACUUCAUGAAUCAGGAAAGCUCGACACUGAUCUCACGACACAACCAAGUGUACCAGAGCCUUGCCCGCUUCAUCCGCUGGUCAGAUGAUAUCCUUCUCCAUGGAGACAAGGCCCUGAACAAGGAUAAUGCAAAUGAGGUCAUCAGAGCCUUGUCUGAUGGGGUCAAGGAGCUGACCCAGAUAUCUAUAGACAAAUUAGAACUUAGAAAAACAAGUGCUCCUACCUCCCCUGGUAGCAAUGGCAGUGCAAGUUUACAAGAAAGUUACUCCUCCAAGACCUGCUCCCUGCCCGAUAUUCCCCUUACCCCAAGGGAACGUGAGAUUCUGGCAGAGACGAGUGUGGACACGGGGAUGUAUGACAACACCGACAGACUGUCUCACUCCAACGACAGCCUCAUCAACAAUAACUACGUCACUCUGUCGGACAAGGAGAGCUCCCCACCCCCCAAGCCUCCACUCCCGUCGGGGAGAGUCUCCCCUAAUCUACACAUAGGGUCUUUAGGCCGACCUUCCUCAGGGGAAGUAAUGCAGACCUCGAUUGCGCCCCCACCACUUCCGCAGAAGCGACGAUCUCAAGGCGGCUCAGACCUUAUGACAAGCACACCAAACACAGAUAUGGAGCAAGUUUCCAGACUGUCCCCUCACAGUAGUAUGUCCAGUCCCUCAGGUGACCAAGCCAUGGGGUCAUUAUCCAGUCAUUUAGCCACGUUCAGCCAAUCGCCACGCAGCACAUCACCACUGAGUCGCUCUCCAACAAGCAGUGUGGGAUCCGGUUUGAACCAGUCAACCGAGGAUCUACUGGGCAUGUCCAGCAAAGGUAGCAGUCUGACUAAUAGUGUAUCUGUGACGUCGUCGUCAACGGGAUCUACGCCGACGUCAGAUCCCAGCCUGUCGAUGUAUGACAACAUGAACAUGCCAGCCAUAGGUGAACGCAUCCCCGGGAUGACACAGUGUGUUGAUCAGAUCAAUCAGCUGACCUUCAAAAUUAACCAGCUGACCACAAACAUUGAGGAAAAGCCCCCACUCUUGCCGGACAAGAAACGACAGUUCGGGCGCUUCCCAUCAACAUACGACAACUUGCCCGAUGCUUUUUUCCACAUGCCUGGCACCAAGGUGGUGGUGGGUCGCAUGUUUGAGCAGCGCACGAGCUCGAUGUCGAGCAGCCGGUCGCUGACAACGUGUAGCAUCACGCAGCGCACCAGCUCGCAGGAGACGUACUCGAGUUCAGAGACCUUCUCCAGUACUAGUCACUCCAGCAUGGAGAGUCUUCCCAAUAGACCGCCGCCCCUACCACCAAAGAAAAGACACAUCCAUGCUUACAUGCAGACAAUCGGAUCCUACACUCAGCCUUCAGCAUUGGAAUACCUGCCCCGUCACUCCAUCAACUUCUACGAGUCUCAGUGGCACCGCCACCAGGAGGAGCUGUUUCAACCGCUACAGGUUCGCUCUAACACAAUCAGCGUCAUGUCAGACCUCUCAUCAGGAAGCUCAGACUUGUUCUCACUGGAAGACGGCUUCAGCUCCGCAUCUCCCCCGGCACUGCCAUCAAAGCAGAGAGCUCUGCCUUGUAGUAGUCACUCCUCUGCGUCUGGUCAGUACGACUUCAAUAUUGACCUCAGAGAGAAGGCCUCCAGUCUGAUAGAGACGCCAACCUCACUGACAGUAGACUUUGGUAAUGACCUCAAAAGGUCAUCUGCACCAGCGAAUAUGGAUGAACCUUCAGCUGAGAGGAAGCCAGCGUCACCAAAGCCUGACAUCCAGAAAGAUGCUGACUCGGACUUCGCUGAGUUAAAUCCGCUUGACGAUGUUGAUGUGUCCGAUCAGAUGGUUCGCAAAAAGAAGGGUGAGGAUGGGCCUGACAUUAGGGGUGGAACAGUCGAUGCCCUCAUUGUUCAUGCCACAACGGCCGGCAAAAAUGGCUCUGAAGGAGACCUAGUUAAAGCUGAAGACCUGAUGUACCAGGAGGCCUUCCUGACAACUUACAGAACAUUUAUCUCCCCUAGAGAGCUGAUAGACAAACUCCUCUACAGGUUCCACAAGUUCCACCAUUGCAGUGAUCACAAGAAGCGCGCCUCGCGCAACGCAUUCUCACUGCUUGUACGCAUUAUUGACGAGUUGAGUUCUACAGAACUUGAUGACAGUAUUAUACAACGCAUGAUGGACCUUGUCUUUGAACUGCUGUGCCAAGGGGAGUUAAUGCUAGCUAGGUUAUUACGGAGGAAAAUCAUCGAAAAGUGCGAAGCGCGAAAGAAAGCCCAGGAGGCCAGCAAGCUAGUUCAUCUUCUUUCAUCAAAGAGUAUCUCAACACACCCUCCAGACUUGUUGCAGUUUAAGUCCCAUGAUUUGGCAGAACAAAUGACACUUAUGGACGCAACACUUUUCCAGAAAAUUGAGAUUCCUGAAGUUUUACUCUGGGCCAAAGAACAAUCAGAGGAGCUUAGUCCCAACCUGACUUUGUUUACUGAACACUUCAACAAAAUGUCAUACUGGUGUCGCACAAAGAUUUUAGUCCAGGAAGAAGCCAAAGACAGGGAGAAGUACUUGAUGAAAUUUAUUAAAAUCAUGAGGCAUUUACGGAAGAUCAGUAACUUUAACUCUUACCUGGCAAUUCUCUCAGCCCUGGACUCGGCACCUGUGCGGAGAUUAGAGUGGCAGAAACAGAAUAUGGAGGCCUUGAAGGAGUUCUGUCAGCUGAUAGACAGUUCCUCGUCAUUCAGGGCAUACCGUCAAGCCUUGGCUGAGACAGAGCCACCAUGUAUACCAUACAUAGGCUUAAUCUUACAAGAUCUGACUUUUAUAAACAUUGGGAAUCCUGAUUAUCUGGCCGACGGCAGCAUCAACUUUGCUAAACGCUGGCAGCAGUUCAAUAUACUAGACAACAUGAGGCGCUUCAAGAAAUGUAAUUAUCCUAUAAAGAGAAGCGAAAAGGUCCUGUCUGUUUUCAACAACUUUGACGAUUAUCACAGUGAAGAGACGUUAUGGCAGAUCUCUGAGAAAAUCAAGCCACGUGGUGGAGUGAAGAAAAAAGUGGAGUCUACGGAAGAAGCAAAAGCCUCUUAAUGGACCAAGAGACAAUCCAUGCUAAUAUCAUCAUCGGUGCUCAGUCAGUUCAUUUGGGGUGUCACAGUUAGCCAUGUGACAUAUCCCCAAUGCCUAGCUUGACGUUUUAAGUUGUGUUCAAGUUGGCUGAAUUUUCAAAGACAGAAAACUGUUUUCAUGCCUUCAGCCUCCAAAAGCCUGAAUUAUUUAGCAGUCUUGUACAGUUUUUGUGGACAAAAGCAAUUUUUGUCCAGUUUUGCAAUUAAGAUUUUUUUUUAAACAAAGUAUCUGUGAUGUUACGUUGUGUAAUUUGGUAUUAUUUUACACAAAGUUUUAGUUUGUUGAAUUUUUUUUUUUUUCCUUUUUUUUUUUUUUACAAUUUGCGUGCAUGCUGGUGUUAGUGUACGGGGUAUUACCCCCCAUGUUAGUUAAUAUGAGAGCGAAAGCAGGCUGUCAGCACUAGUACCUUUGCCUUCUUUCACUCUACUCUUUGGGCAGGAAAUAAAUGGAUGCCUUUUUGAUUUUAGACUACUGAUCUUUUUCUACACUUAAAUUUACCUCUUUCUUGAAUAAUACCCUGUUUAAGUGUUGCCUGUGUAUCAACUAGUAGUGUAGCUAUUUUUAAAAUUUAGCUCUUCUUAUCCAGAAAGAGAAAGGUAAGAGUCAAAUGUCCUAUGGGCAAGAAACGAGUCAAGUCCAUGGCAGUGUUAUUAAUAGUAUUGUUCACACUACAGGUUUGUCAUUAAGAUGCACUAUGUGGGAAGCACUUUUCUACUUUCCUAAAGCAAAAACAAAGUAAAUUGAUCUCUGGCUCUAAUGUAACUUUAUAUACCUCCUGUAGUCGGCUGUUGUCAUACAUCUCUUCCUUUCUUUUGUUUCAUAUAUUUGUCUCAUUUUUACGUUUGUACAAAAUGUGGUAUUUUAUCAAAGCACAAAUACGAAUUCUAGUUUUGCCAUUUCCUUAUAUUUCUUCCCAUGUUAUUGGUUGUUUUUGUUUUGUUGUCACAAUUUAUCCAAUGCAUAAUACUUGGAGGCCUUGCAAACUGAUCCCACAGAUAGGCUACGUGCUCACUUCUCAGCUGUUCUCACCUAAUUAUGGGGUCCCUGAUAGUGUAAGUUACAAAGUAAUGCUUAUUCCAUGCUCAAGUCAUCUUGCAAGUAGGUAUCUACAGACUAGUGUGCCUGCACACUUCUCUUCUGUAUACAUCUGUGUCAGCACAAAUUGUCCAUUAGUGCACUUCUGUGUUCACAAGCUGGCACUGCUUGUACACAUAUACAUGUAUACAUAUAUAAGCAAAUUAUCAUUGCAAACAGUGGAGCAAAAUCACAUUUCCGUUUCAUGCUUUCUUGUGUCUAGGAACAAUCAACUGCUGUACUGUGACAUUAGGACAACAUUUCUUGAUGUACGUUUGUCAGGGUGUAGUUCUUGCCAAUUUGUCAACGUCCAGAUACAUGUUUUGUGUACUUAUGGAAUAUGUUGACAAGCCUAAAACAUGUUGACGAUGUGUAACUUGUUUAUAAAGUACCCACCCGUGACUACUGACUGAAAAUAUGGACAGCAAUGAAUUCAUUCACGUAUGCACUUGAGUAAUAACUCAAAAAAUGGAUUUCUUAAGCUUUGCUCCAAGAAUGACAACAAGUUGAUGUAGGAUCAGAUAGUGAACAUCAUCGUUAAAUUUUAUUUUCAAUUCUCGUAUUAACUUUCAUAUUUCAUUCUUAUACAUUACAGUAUAGUACAUACUAGCCUUAUCAUUGGUUAAUGAAAUUUAUGUUAGUUUGGGGUGUGGAAAUGCAUUUGUUGAGGAAUGUACAGGUGCACACGAAUAUGAAUUCUGUAGACCAUGGAAGUAGAAUGUCAAUCUAACAAUUCGGGAAGAAGCUGUUAAAAUGCUUCCUUCCUGAUGAUAAUGACGCCAAUGUAAAUAUCAAGUUUAAUGGACUGACCUGUAUGUAGUAGGUAAUAUGGUAGCUCUGAGAUCGGUUGGCCACGACUCUUCACAGCUUAGCUCCCACAUUAACUUUGUAUUUCUGGAAGCUAAGCUGGGAAGAAUGGGAUGAAAGGUCUCAGAUCUAGUAAUAUGGUUAUUUUGUACAUGGAACAAUGUGGUGGCGCAGAUCAACAUCUUACCGGGUACUUGGGGCUGGAGAAAACGAAAGGAAAAGUUGAAAUGUGCCCUUUUGUAUAACUGGUCAUUUUGGACUCUUUUAAUUUAUUGCAGUUGUGGAAGAUGAGUUGUCACAUGUACUUGCGGUCAGGGAAGUUACUAGAUGGACUUCUCACAAGAAUACAUAAAAUCGUUAUUAACAGCAAUGUAAUUGUUCUUGGAUGAAUUGUACACAUUUGUAUUUAUUGAAGACCUGACCUAUGGAAUUGAAUCGCCUUUUUAUAUGUAUAUUUUGCAAAAACUGUGUUUAUUGUGUAUCAUAGACUCAGUACGGUAUGGUAGACAAUUAUUCUCAGUGAUUUUGUACCUUUCAUAAAGUGACCUAUUCACUUGAUAUUUGCUUAUGCUAUUUUGCCUGGAAUGUGCCUCUUUGUUGUCGUUUCUAAAAUCUUUUUGCGAAUUGUCAUUUAUCAUACCUAUUA